AUGGACAAUCCCUUUAACAAAGUAUCAACGAUUAAGGAUGUUUCUCAACACAGCGCAACUUCACCAGUUAUGCCUCUUGGCUUUUCUACUCAGUCUACAUCUGUUACUGAAAUAAAGAAACCAAAUGAGCCACUAGUACCCUCUAAUGAUAAUACUGCACCCACUUCCAGAACUACCACUAAUACUCAAUUCAACGAAACUUCGAAGUCAGUUGGUGGAUUUGAAGCAUUGGCUAAGAAGCCUCAACUAGAGGAGAAUGUAUGGAGAUGCAAGGUUUGCGGAAAAAUCAAGGAUUUAAAGGGAACUCAUCUUAAUAACAAGCUAGAAGUCCGCUCUGAUUGUUGGCCAUGUGGCAAGAAACAAACGUUUGUGCGCUCCGGGCCCAACGUGCGCGGAAGUACCAAUGACGGUGCUACUGUGUCAAAGUUAGUCGCUAACGAUUCGUUUGUAGCAAAAAAAGAUUCCGAUAUACGAGCAAAUGAAUUAUCGAUUAAGGAAAAGGCUACCGAAACACUCCCAAAUGUCUCAACUGUUCUUGAAGGUGGAACCAAGACCGACACGAAAGAUACCUCAGAAUACGUUUGGCGAUGCAAGGUCUGCAACAAAGUUAAGGAUCUACAUGGGCCUCAUCUUGUUGGACGGACUGAGGUCCGCUCUGAUUGUUGGCCCUGCGGCAAGAAGCAAACCUUUUUGAAUUCUAGCUCAGAAAAUCUGAAGAGUAGCAGCAAUAAGAGCGUUUUGUCUAAAUCUCAGGCCCCGACUACUUCGAUUCCUUCAGUUUUCAAUCCACCGGAGCAUUUUAGACCGCCGUCAAUACCGUCAGAGGGCGCUGAGGCAUCCUUCAUUAUUGCAGAGCUACCGAUUUCAACACCUUGUAAUGAAUUGAAAACUCACGGUACUGGAACAAGCGAAGCGGCAACGCAACUUCCAGUUAAAAAUACAGUUUCCAGCUUCAAACCCGAAAGUAUAAUUGGAAUCAGUGCGGAUUGUUCUGCCAAAGCCACGCCAUCUCAAUCUGUGGAUAACGUAGGGGGUGAUGUUUGGCGAUGCAAGGUCUGCAACAAAGUUAAGGAUCUACAUGGGCCUCAUCUUGUUGGACGGACUGAGGUCCGCUCUGAUUGUUGGCCCUGCGGCAAGAAGCAAACCUUUAUUUGUCCCGCUGGAGUCAGCGCCCAAACUGAGUCACUAACGCAUAUCACAUUAACUAAGACCUCUGUUGAGGCGUCUACAAGUUCGACACAUCACAAUGGCACAUCUGUAGAAUACGAAGCACUCGCUCAGCAGAAGUCUACACCACAAAAAAACUCUGUGUAUGCUCAACCUCUACAACCUGAGGCAGGGUCUAAACCCUCAUUUAAUGACAAUCACUUCUUGAAAGUGGUGGAUAGUCAGAGAAAGGAACACGACAUGGAUCAUGUAAAUUUUAGCCAUGUUGCAAACAAUGCAGUUGAAAAAAUGCGUGAAGAAGCAACGGCCGCUGUAAAGUCAAUGAAGGUUGAUUUUGACACAGCGAUAUUAGACCUACGCAGCAGUGUUUCAGACUUAGUAUCUGAAAAAGGUGACAAAGUGGCUUCUAUGAUAACAAAUACUUUGGAUGUCCGCAUGCAGGAGCUGAAUUGCACAAUUAAGGAGAAUGCGCAAGUUAUUGAGCGAAUGACUUCGAAGGCGAUAGAAGUUGUCAAGGGUGAAGUAUUAACUGGGCUUGAUAAAAGGAUUGAGAAGGGGUUUGAGGAAAUUCGCAAAGAAAUUUCAAGGCUGGUCACUGAUAUUUCAUUAGAUUUUCUGCGUACCGUGACGCAAAGAGCGUCUCUUGAAAGCAACGACUCUUACCAUGCAAUCACUCAAUCGACAUCUGUUCAACAAAGCUUUGCCUCACGACACCUUUCAAAUGCGUUCGAAUGA